UUCUCUCAACUCUUUUAGCAUAACCUUCAAAGGAGAACGGUCCCUUCAGACUUUGUUAACGUCUUUUUCCCCACUGAGAGAAAAACCUCUUAGCUACAAGACAUUUUUUAAGUCUAUGCAGGACUUCGGGGAUUCGGUUAUCUUGCCAGGGAAAUUGAUGAUUGCUAAUGUCUGGGACUCACAGCGUGCUAGAUUAGCUAGCAGAGUAUGCCUGACGGAGGAAGGCUUUUAUCACAUACUCUUCUCUCCAGUUUCAACACAUUUGCUUGAAUUUUGCCGCAUGAUGCUGUCCAGGGAAGCAGCUUUUUUUCUUGGGAUGCAGCAACUCGCUGGUUUCUAAGCUUAUUGCAGAAGAAGAAAUAAUCUGAAAUAGAGUGGAAUUUUUUUUAAACCUCCUCUGCCUGAUUCGACUGAGCCGUGUUGGACCGCGGUAAAUAUCACCUGUCCCUAAAUCUUUGAAGAAGUAAAAACAAAGUGAAUUACCAUUAGUAUUUAUUUGUUUAUAUUAUUUUUUAACCGGCGGAGGCGGCGAGACCACGGAGAAUGAGACUGAGAGAAGCUGCCAGGGCUUGGAGGAGGAUAAAGCUGAGUUUCAGCUGGAAACUAAAAGACUAGAUCGGUUCGGGGAGCAACUUGGCCGGUUCCUCUCCACUUCCUUUAGUUUCGCUCCAUGGAUAGAUCCACGGACCUGGACAUCCAGGAGCUCAAGAUGACACGAGAACAAUAUAUACUAGCGACACAGCAGAAUAACCUGCAGAGAACUGAGAAUGCACAACUUUACCCUGUGGGGAUUUAUGGAUGGCGAAAGAGGUGCUUAUACUUCUUUGUCCUUCUGCUGUUGGUUACCAUGAUAGUUAACUUAGCCAUGACAAUAUGGAUAUUGAAGGUUAUGAAUUUCACUGUGGAUGGUAUGGGGAAUCUGAGAGUCACCAAGAAGGGAAUCCGACUUGAAGGUAUAUCUGAGUUUCUACUUCCAUUGUAUGUGAAAGAAAUUCAUUCCCGAAAGGACAGUCCACUCAUCUUACAGUCUGACAGGAAUGUAACAGUGAACGCAAGAAACCACUUGGGGCAGCUCACUGGACAGCUGGCAGUCGGAGCAGAGGCUGUGGAGGCACAGUGUAAACGAUUUGAAGUGAGAGCAAGUGAAGAUGGCAGGGUGCUGUUUUCUGCAGAUGAAGAUGAGAUAACCAUCGGGGCUGAGAAACUGAAGGUCACAGGAACUGAAGGAGCAGUAUUUGGGCACUCUGUGGAAACACCUCACAUCAGAGCAGAGCCAUCCCAGGACCUCAGGCUUGAAUCACCAACCAGGUCGUUGAUAAUGGAAGCGCCACGUGGAGUCCAGGUGAGCGCAGCUGCAGGUGACUUCAAGGCUGCCUGCAGGAAGGAACUGCACUUGCAGUCCACAGAAGGAGAGAUUUUUCUAAAUGCAGAUACAAUCCGGCUGGGAAAUCUACCUACCGGUUCCUUCUCCUCUUCACCCACCUCCCCAAAUUCUCGACAGACAGUGUAUGAACUGUGCGUCUGCCCCAAUGGCAAACUCUACCUUUCUCCAGCUGGGGUAGGCUCCACCUGUCAGUCCAGCAGCAGCAUCUGCUUGUGGAGCUGAAGCAACUGAUUUCUCCUCCUCACACCAGAAUAGCCUUUUGUUCCCGUCCGUCUGCUUCACGGUUUUGCUCGGUUUCCCCUGUGAUCAGUGCGGAGCUUCUUCAGAUGGACCACAGAGCAAACUGGUCCUGAAUCAGCAGGGAUUGGCGCCCACCUUCUCCUGACUCAACCGACUCAACACUGGGCAGUGGGAAAGACAUCUUCAGCAGGAAACCUGGAUCAUGACAUUUGCUCGAAAGGGAGAAUAACU